UCAUCUCGGGCGAGGAAACUUGGCCAGCUGGUGUUAAAGGAGUUACUGUCUUACUGUCCACGUGCUUCUUUCUGUUACACUGUUACAACUUUUAUUAUUAUUAUUAUUUUAAAUUAGGUAUAAUAGUUAUCCUCUGUCCUGGUCGACAUGCAUGGGGACAAUCUGUGGAAUUUGGGCGCUUCAGAACAACAAUAACAGCAACAAGGUUACCAGCAGUGAUGAAUGAUCUGCUUAGGUUGUCCGCAUGUUCUUUCCCACAAUGCUGAGGUUCUGUUUGAGGAGAACCCUAAGCCUGAGCGUGCGGGGAGCUCAGAAACGCUGGCUCGGCACGCACAAGCACAAAGAGAAACUGGAACUGCUAAACACUUCGAAAGGAGCCAAGGACUUUAUCUACAGCCUGCAUGCUGCAGAGCGCAAGUGCUUACUGCGAGAGCUGCAGAACUUUGAGUCCAUCGCUAUCGCUCAGGAGAAACUGGAGUCGUCACCACCCAGCGCCAGCCAGCUGAGAUACGUGCUCCUUCACAAUGCCAUCCCGUUCGUCGGCUUCGGCUUCUUGGACAACGCCAUCAUGAUUGCUGCAGGCACCCAGAUUGAGCUGUCCAUCGGAGUGACGUUUGGAAUAUCGACCAUGGCAGCGGCAGCAUUGGGAAACCUGGUCUCAGACUUGGCUGGACUUGGCCUAGCGGGUUAUGUGGAGGCUCUAUGCUCCCGGUUGGGGAUGCAGAUUCCUGAUCUAACACCCAAACAGGCUGACAUGUGGCAGACCAGACUCAGCUCACACCUUGGCAAGGCGAUCGGCGUCACCAUCGGCUGCCUGCUCGGGAUGUUCCCGCUCUUUUUCCUCAACGACGAUGAUGAUGAUGAUGAUGAAGAGGAGAGACGGAGCGGGGCAGUCACUCCAGUCGCAGACUCUAAAUAAUUUUUAAACACACCACCAUACAGCAACACUAUUAGGAUUUUAUUUUUUUCCUGGAAGCCUCCUAAGAAGAGGUGUCUCUGUGGAUUUAUUUUAGUUUUGAGCGGAUACUUGCCCGUUUUUUAUUAAGGGCUGAAAUCAUUUUUUAAUUAGGCAGACCAUAAUAACAAACUCGAUGGCCGAAUGAUAACACUAUACUGAAGAUUUCUUCAUAUAUAUAAAGAUGACACUGAGUCACACUGCAUCCUAAGGCACAUCUGCAUGUGACUGUGAGUGUGUGUGUCAUCAAUCUUGAUGUGGUUUAAGGAAGAUAUUUCUAGCAAGAGGAAAUAAAAUGAGUGAGACACUUCUCGUAGCGCACAAACGAAAAAAGAACUAAACGUAUACAUAGAUCGUCCUGGUGGCUUGGCUACAUUUGGAAAGAUUAUAAUAAUAAUAAUAAGUUUAUUUCUGAGGUCAACAUUUCAUUAUUUAGUUGCAGUACAGGUUUCUACCAGAGAGGGCAGUAAUCACUCUGAGACUGAAGCGACCGAUGUUUAUUAAGGUAUUAUAAAUAAUAAUGCGUAUACGUUUACAGUAUAGCCGUACUAUUUUUAUGAAACCUUGCUGUUUAGGCUACAACUAUAAGAGACUACAAAGUUAUAAGCGUUUCCACUUCCUCAGAUAAAACAGGAUUUAGAAACAAAAGUUGCUUUCAUUUCACUUUUUACUUUUUACCCUGUCGAUUAACUUAGGACUCGGAUCACUGACCUCUCACUUACACAUUCUCUAUACCGCUUAUCCUGUACAGGGUCGCAGGGAGUCUGGAGCCUACCCCAGGAGACUUGGGGCACUAGGAGGGGUAGGAGGGGUACGUCCUGGAUGAGGACCAAUCCAUCGAAGGGCAAUCUCUGACCUCCAACAUAGAAAAAACAUUAACUGAACUCUGAAUUUUAGAAAGCCAGGACAGUCUUUCCUUAGGACUUAGAUAGAACAAUCAACAUUGGGGGUGUAACAGUACACAAAAUUCACAGUUCUGUACAUACCAUGGUUUAGAGGUCAUGGUUUUCAGUAAAUAAAUAUAUUAGGGGUUAACACACUUGCCUUGCACCUCCCAGGUCUGGGGUUGAUUCCCAGGGUCUUGGGGUCUCUGUGUGCAUGAAGUUUGCAUGUUCUCCCUGUGCUUGGUGGGUUCCCUCUGGGUUCUCCAGUUUCCUCCCUCAGUCCAAAGACAUGCAGAUUAGGCUAAUUUGCGUUCCCAGAUUGAGCGUAGCAUGUAAGUGUGUGAAUGUUAACUAACUGGAGGUCCUACCACGGUGGUACAAAUAAGAAUAAAUAUAAUGGUGCAUAUAUAUAUAUGUUUAGGAAGGAAAAUAUACAGUACGUUGUCACUCGAGUUAGCUGCCUAGUUUAUUUCCCCAGAACCCAAGCAUGGUCUAUGGAAUGCACAGAGGUCGGAAAUGACGUAUCUCUGUCCGCCCAGCUACCGCUUAGUACGCCGAAUUAUAUAUUAAAUAUACUUGUUCAUCUCUUGGCGGGACAGUGGUGUAGUGGUUAGCACUGUUGCCUUUCACCUCCAGGGUGCAGGUUUGAUUCCCAGCCAGGCUCAAUUCCUGUCUCUGUGUGCAUGGAGUUUGCAUGUUCUCCCCGUGCUUGGUGGGUUUCCUCCGGGUACUCCGGUUUCCUCCCACAGUCCAUAGAACCAUGUAGGUUAGGUUAAUUGUCGUUCCCAAAUUGCCCGUAGUGUGUAAAUGAGUGUGUGUGUGUGUGUGUGCACACUGCGAUGGAUUGGCACCCUGUCCAGGGUGUACCCCGCCUUGGGCCCAAGUCUCCUGGUGUAGGUGACCCUAAAUACAGGAUAAAGCGGUAUAGACAAUGAGUGUGUGUGUGUGUGUGUUCAUUUCUUUUUGAACCUGUACAAGUUCCAUAUCUAUGGAUCUUUUAAUAUUUUAAUAUUGUGCUCCACAUCCACAGGCGCUUCCUGUCUAAAUGUAAUUAACGAUCGAAUGAACUGAAUUAAUGAAGAAAAUCGCCCAUCAUUACUUAAAGCUAAAGUGUAUUUACUUGGAUCACGACGCACGCCGAUUCGCGCACCGUUACACCCUUAAUCAUAUGAUUAAGGGUGUAACGGUUAAUUAUAUGACGUCGACUUCACACUUUACUGUUUUGAUCAGGAACAUGUACAUUUAAAAACCUGAAAAACAUGGAGAUGGCCAUGAUUCAUCCCCACUGUGUAAAUGAUGUAAUAAUUCCGAGUUCCCAGUUCGGAGUUUAGUUAAAUGCUGCAUUUUUUCCAUGUAAAUUUUGAUGUGUAAAGUCACUCGCCGUGGUCUUGUGAACCAGUAGAAAGCAAGACAACUUGCUUGGUCUCAAAGCCCGAUUAAAGGAAAGCAGCAAUUUUUUAAAAAUAGGAUUCUCUCCAGACUUUUACUUUGCGAUAUAGUUCUUGUGAAUUUUCAGACCAGACAUUUUGGCACCUCUUAACUCCUUGUUUUUUUUAAUCUAUAUCAUUAUAUACAUGGGUGCUGGUGGCUCAGUGGUAGCUUUCUUAGCUGCCAUGCGGAUGGCCUGGGUUCAGUUUAUACCUAGUGCCCAAACCCCAGCCGCUGGAUGCAGUGCCGGUCCCAAGCCCGGAUUAAAUGGGAGGGUUGCGCCAGCGUAAAACCUGUGCCAAGUUGUGUGCGGAUCAGAUAGUCCGCUGUGGCGACCCCUCAUGAUUCCUCCCCACUUUGUAAAUGAUGUAAUAAUUGAGUCAGGAGUUUAAACAUUAAUAAUUCAUUGCCAUGAUGAUCUGUGCUGAGUGAGUGGCAGUGCUGCUGGAAACAUUUGGAAACUAUGUUCUCACUAACAAGUGCCUUCAACCUGCACAUGACGUUCAGUCUGUCUUCUGUUACGAAGCAUCAGCAAACAAAUCGAAAGCAACAAAGCAAUAAUGUCGUUUAUUAGUAUUGAAUUACUUACUUGAUGUAUCUACAGUCAUCUGAGUGUGCGGAGUUUUAUAUAUUACACGAGAAAGCCUUGCGGUUUGAAAGCUCGAGUGACUGGCUAAAGGAGUAGUUUACUAGCAGAUUGCGCUCCCUGCUGCCUAUGGGUUGAAGUGCAAGUGCAAUAAAAACCUUAACAAGCCUUAACUAACCUUCUGACCUCCAUUCUCCAAUGCUGAAAUUAUAUCCUCGGUGUGGGGAUCACCAAAAACCUCCUGAUGCGAUUCGAUUUGUAUUGCGAUUCUGAAAGUAUCACGAUAUUAUAAAUAUCCUGAUUUUAUAUAUAUAUAUAUAUUUUUUUUUUAAGAUUUCGUUACAAUUUUAAGCAACAUCCUUAGGAAUUAAUCUGCUCCCACAAUACGGGAUGCUGUAGGGUUAUAGAGGAACUGCAACAUAUUACUGCUUUAAACACGAACAUACUGUAUAUAAUUUAAAUAUGUAUUUUAAAAAAUUUACUUUAGAGUCUGUGGCGAUACAUUGAAGAAUCGUGAUGCCUAACGGAAUCAAUUAAUUCUCCCAUCUAUAUUCUAUAUUUUGUUUAUUACGUGCUCUCUGUGGGUGGGGCUUAUUUCUGGGCCAGAAGAAUGCCCACUCAAGCUUGAAAUGAAGAAAUCAGCCGAAUCCAAUACACAGUAAUAUUGUAGAGCUGUGCGAUUUAAUUCGAUUUUAUGAUUCAGUGCCUGCUGUUUUUGAUUUAGAAUCGAGUCGCACUUUUUAAAGUUGUUAUGGGGAAAUAAAUGUUUGAAUCUAAUAUCAAGGAAUUCUUUAGAAAUUAUACAGCACCUUCUACAGAAAUUACAAACAGACUUCAGAAAACAAAACAAAAAAACAGUUUAUUAUGAAUAUUAUUUUUAAGAUGAUCGCUACUUUAGAUUACUGCCACCUACUGGACUGGAGUGUUUGAGCGGAAGAUUGGCAGUAAAAAAGAUUCUUUCUUUUCCCGAGACAUGACAUUUAAAUGAUCAACAACACAGUUUGCCCAGCAUUUUCCGUUUAUUAUAUACUUGUAAUAGUUUUUAAUGCUGUCGCAAAUAUAGGUGCUUUGAGGAAAAUCUGACAAUAAUCAAGCAAAAAAUCGCAAUGCUCAAAAGUUGAAUCGAAUCGACAGCUCUACGUUGUUUCAUAUUGAAGUUUUUCCAAGGAAUGUUUGGUUUGCUCUAGAUUUCGAAACACUUCUUGAAAUCACAAACCACACCUUUAAACAAAGUUCUCAUAAGUCUGGAAAGAGUGUGUGUAUUUGAUAUUAGCAUUAAUAUUUGUGUAUUUAAAUUUUUUUUUAUCAAGUGAAAAAUGGGAGCUGCAUCUUCCUGCACAGAAACCCUAAUAAAAAAAAAAAAACUAGAUUUAACUGGAACUAAUAGGGCGUUCAGAUUUAUCCAAACAAGGCCGCACUCAUUUCCUUGAUGGUUAAAUAAGGAAAAAUUUAAAGCUUUUCAUUUAUGUUUAUAAUAAAUGAAGGAUCUGGAUGAAUCUUGUGCCUUGCUGACGUGUGAUCGUGUUGCACGAUGUAAACCUGAUCAUCUCUUUGUUUAUCCUGUACUGGAUGAACUGAUAUAGUUUUAUAUCGGACAGCUGAUGCUGCACUAAACGGCCACAUGAAGUAUGUACUGUGCAUCUGAUCAAGCGUACUAACGUGUUAUCUGAGAUUAAAUAAAUGUGUUCAUUGAAAGAAAACCGUUUCAACUUUUCACUU